CAAAAGUAAAAACUAGCUUGUACAUAAUAUAAAACUCGUCUCAUUUGUACAUCAUCGAAUUCAUCAUGUAUGCAUAUAUAAUUGCUUGGCAAAUACCCCUAAAAAAAUUGCUUGCCAAAUUAAUUGUUAAACCUUUCAGCUAGUUAAAAAGGCCACCCAUAACAUAACCAAUUCCAAACAAAUUAAAAUUCACAUUCCAAAUUUUGGUCGAGAAGAUGAACAUCGACAACAACGGCACCUCGGAACCUCCACACAACAACAACAACGGUUUUGACGCAAAUGGGUUCACAUAUAUCUUAAUACUUGUAUUUGGUCUCGUAUUCUUGGUUCUUUCAAUAGUUAUUGCAUGUGUUCGACUUCGUAGUUCACGAAGUCGAAACAUUCUCAAUAUUUUGUCCGGUUUUCCACCACAUCGUCAUGAAGACUCAAUCAUGGAACAAGGACUUCGUCAUCACACCGACACAAGUUUUGAAGGAUACCCGAAACUGUUAUACUCUCAAAUUCAGAAGAAUGGUUCUUCAACUUCAAUUAGUUGCUCUAUUUGCUUAGGAGAUUAUAAAGAAAGUGACAUGUUGAGGUUACUUCCAGAUUGUGGUCAUCUUUAUCAUGUUGCUUGUGUUGAUCCAUGGCUCGUGUUACAUUCCACUUGUCCCAUAUGUAGAAAAUCAUCACUAGCUUCAACCUAGCCUUCAAUAUUACGAGGUUGUAAAUUAAUCAAUCUUUCAUUUUGUGUGUAUAUAGCCAUGUUUUUAUGGAUAGUGUUUAUCAUUUUAAAUAACAAUUAUAUUGUGUAGUGCUUCUGUAUGGGGCAUGACACUGUGUAUGUAUAUAAAUCUUCCAUGAAUUUUUCAGAUGGUUACUUAAAUCAAAUCUUGUACCUUUUC